AUUCAGUGUGUUUGUUUGUUUUUUUCAAACUGAUACCUGACCUUGAACACCUUUUUAAACAAAAACAUCUGUCAAUAAAGCGAUGAUAUAAAAUGCUUAUAUUAGUACUGAAAAACUGCAUAUCCACUUUACAAAUAUAAAUAAUUAUAUAAAUCCACAGCUGAACUGGAGGAGCAGCUGAUCUAGUUCACUCAUGUGUUUCUGGACUAAGAGUUGGAGCAAAUACCUUAUGAUUCAGUGAUGUUUGUUUUUGUUAAAUAUUUUGUAGAUCCAAGUUUGACUCAUGAUGAUGAUGUUCCGAAUUAAACAAAGUUGGUCACAAAUUCUUCAAAGCUGUUCAUUAAGAAUAUAUUCACUUGGACUCAUCAGAGAGGCUUGUGAUCCAAGGGAGCCAUCAACUGGACAAUUACUGACAUGACAACAAAAAAGCUAAGUACAGAGGGGGGGACAGAGGUGAAAAUACUCGUUUUAAAGGAUUGUAAUGUUUCCUUUUAAAAUAAGACUCUAAGGUCAGACAAAGGGACAGUAACUCAUAGCAUUCGACCAGCCCAAUGACAAAACUAUAAGUCUCUUUUUUAACAUCUACUUUUUCAUCUAUUUGGCAGUCACAGUUAAAAGUAUAAACCUUGGCACGCUUUGUGUUGUGAUUCUGCUGUUCGUAAAAAAUUACCAUGCGCAAAGUACCUGACCUUAAGGCUUUGACUUGAUGCCAAUGGCCUGAGGAGGACAGUAUUACCCUUGGACAUGUGUAGUCUGCCGUCUAUUCAAUAGAAGAACAAGAAGCGCGGAAAUGGCACAACUCGUACCGCACAGCUGUCCUCAGUUUCUGGGAGAGUUUAGCAAUGAGAGACUGAUGAUGCAGAAGAAAUCUCCGUGGUUAAAAACAUUAAAAACAGUCGUCCAGGAUGAUGAGAUCCGCCACUGGCUCAGACUGCUGUAUAUCAGCCGGAGACCCGAGAUGAAGUCACGCAGCAGUACCACAUCAACAUGAAGUGUAAGGAGGAGGAAGAUCUGGCUGGGCAGCAGGUCUGGAAGCAGGAGAGGAACUUCAAUCUGGACCAGGAGGACACAGAGCCUCCACAGAUCAAAGAGGAACAGGAGGAACUCUGCAUCAGUCAAGAGGGAGAACAGCUUGUAGUGAAACACGAGGAUGAAGGCAUCGUCAUCUGGAGCGGGGAAGAGCGGCUCAGACAGCUGCAUAACAUCUGGAAACCUGAGAAAGAUUUACAGACCACCGACCUCCACCAGCAAACUACCUGUAAGGAGGAGGAGUUUGUCGCCAAUCAGCAGGAGAGGAACUCAAGUCUGGACCAGGAGGACCCAGAUCCUCCACAGAUUAAAGAGGAACAGGAGGAACUCUGCACCAGUCAGGAGCUGGAGGAGAUUGUACUGAAGCAGGAGAUCAAUAGUUUUAUGGUGACUUCUAGUUUUGAGGAAAGUGACCUCAGUGAAUCAGAACCAAACGAUGACGAGCUCCUUGCUCUUAACUUUCCUGGACCAGAGCUUGAGGAACAGGAAGAAAACCAGCAUGUGGACUCGGGAUCAACUAGAAAUGCGGAGCUGAAGAAAAGGAGACGUCACAAAAACAGAACAGAUAAGUCUGGGAGUGAAACUGAUACAAGUAAAAAAGCUGUAAGCUGUGACACUUGUGGAAAAACUUUUCAGUGUAAAUCCAACCUGACGAGACACAUGAGAGUUCACACAAGUGAGAAGCCACAUUCUUGUAGCACCUGUGGGAAAAGAUUCAUUUGGAAAUCAGGAUUGGAAACUCACGUAAGGAUCCACACAGGUGAGAAGCCAUAUUUUUGCAUCACCUGUGGGAAAAGAUUUAAUAAGAAAUCCGGAUUUGAAAGUCACGUGAGAAUCCACACAGGUGAGAAGCCGUAUUUCUGUAGCACAUGUGGGAAAAGAUUUGGUAAGAAAUCGGGACUAGAAACUCAUUUGAGAAUCCACACCGGUGAGAAACCGUAUUCUUGCAACGUCUGUAGGAAAGAGUUUAGAGACUUGUCGACUAUGAAAAGUCACAGAAGGAUCCACACAGGUGAGAAACCAUAUAUUUGUAGCUCCUGUGGGGAAAGAUUCAGUUGGAAAUCAGGACUGAAUUUUCAUCUAAGGAUCCACCCGAGUGAGAAACCAAAUCACUGCAGCACCCGAGGUAGAAAAUGACCUCAUGCUCCAAGUCACGGUACAUUUUCUGUCCACAGCAGUGAAGGGCACUCUGUUGUUUAUUCCAGCCCUGACUUUAUGUUUCUCUAAGCUUGAUAUUUUUUUAUUGGUCUUUAAAGGUGACACAAAUAUUUAUUGAACAUCUUUUAAUAUUUACCACAGAAACUUGUAUUUCUUCUUCGUAUAGAAGAAAACAAACAUGAAAAUGAGUUUUUCAUCACUUGUUCCUUGUAACAACCAUGACGUGAUUCCUUUUUAUCAGCCAAUAAAUAAGUUUUAAUACACAGGACUAAAGAUAAAAAAAAAAGUAUCCAAUUUUUAUUUAAAUAUUUUUUCUUUGUGAUUUAUGUUAAUGAAGGUUAUACUUCAGUAUGCCUUUGACCUGGUUGUCCUGGUUCUUCUUAGCAACGUGUUGCAAGAUUUGAUUAAAAUUUUGUGACUAAUUUUAUCUAUUGUGUAAUCCCUGCUAAAUAAAAGCAGUUAAAUGUGCUAUAUUGGGUCAUGAUAAGUGUUUAUAUCAUUUUGCCUAAAUGCAAGUAAACUCAAUGUUUGCCAA